CGUGGAUUUGUUGUCAUGAUCAUCAUAUUCUCCACAGGAAACAUCUCUGAGACUCAUCUCAACCCCACUGUCACCAUUUCCUUUGCUGCAUUAAAGCACUUCCCUGAAAAGAAUGUGCCUGUGUAUAUUGGUGCACAAGUUUUGGCAUCAGUGAGUGCUGCAUUUGCUCUGAAGGCGCUUUUUCAUCCGUACAUGAGCGGUGGAGUGACGGUCCCUUCAAUGGGAUAUGGGCAAGCUUUCGCUAUAGAGUUCAUUGUCAGCUUUAUGCUUAUGUUCGUUGUCACUGUAGUGGCCACCCGCACAAGAGUUGUGAGUAUUUUAUUCUACUAACCACUACUUUCUUCAUCUGAUAAUUAAGUAACUAAGCCGAAUCAGUUGAAGUAUGCGAAAACGAUGUUCUGAGACCGACAAAGCUUACUUAAUUACGUCAAACAAGUGUUAAUUUGAAGGAGAUAAGUGAUACUGUAAACUCUGAAGAACGUUUUGGUCUAUUUCUAGGUUUUUAUAUGCUUUUGUGUCAU